AUGGAAGAAGACAGCAAUAGUAAGGUUAGUGCACAUAAAAUAUAAACAUAAAAUUAUACAAAAUGGAAAUGAACAAAGUCUGAGUAUAUAAUUUUACAAAGUAUUAACGUAAACACACUAACAUAAAAGAAAAAUGUAGGACACUUCGAUUUACAUAGUCAGACAUGGGUGUUGCUAGAGGGGGGUGUGAAAUGCAGCAAAUGUCUGCUUGACUCAGCAAAUUGUUUUCGGAUUUAUCAAGUCACAAUAUAUUUAAUCAAUGAGAAAGUUUGUCAUAAAUGGUAUGUCCGGAAAAUCCCCUCCCCUUUGCCAACAAUUUUGGGAGUAAAUUAAUUAGCGACUGAAAUGUUCUAGGCAAAUGCGAUACUACAACCCCCCUGCUUUAGGCCUCUUCGCUACAGCCCUGCAGUCAGAUUAGCCUGACUGUAAUUUGCUUUGAUUCUCAAAUUCGGUUUAAGUGAUUAUAAUCUGAACAAUGAAAAGUGCCCAUAUAGGCUCUAUGCAGUUUGAUGGAUGAUUGACACCAGUAGGCCAAUAUUAUUGUUUAAAUUUUGUAAAGUGUUAUAUACUGUAGGUCUUUUGGUAACAGACAGUCAUUAAAAUCAAGACAAAAUGAGGGCCUAGCCCAAUCAUUCGAACCAAAACCCAGCCCAGACGCUUCAAAGGUCCUUAAUGAAACAAAGGAAAGUCCGCGGUAGGAAGAUUCAAUAAAAUGGCAUGGGACAAGGAUGGUCUAAAAUUCGAAGUCGAAUCUUAUGAAGAUGGCAAGUUUGUGAACUGGUCCCAGCUAGCAAAACAAUACAAUAUAACAAACACGAAAGGGGAAUUUGCAGAAAAUGGUGGUCAGAUUGCAAAAGAAUGGUUAAAAUCGGUGGGUGUUGACACAGAACGAUUUAAGUGGUACAACAUAGAUUCUGAUGGUCCACGUAUAAGGCAUAAGAAGAGAAGAGGAAUUGGAAGAGAAAUAUCUAUACCAACUGCUGAAACAAAUGCAUGAAAAAAUUUUGGAAAAUGAGUAUUCAAUAAAGAAAUUAAUAGUACUGAAAAAGGUAUGUUUAAUUUAAUAAUUAAUUCUCACCUUACGAGUGUCUGGUAAUGCAAUGAAACGUAUUAUUAUUAUUAAUUAGAAAAUGCUAGACAGUACAGUUAGUGCAGCAAGUGCAUGCUCUCGCUUUGUUGAGGAAAUUUCAUAAAUGCUCUCCUGGUAUAACCCCCUCCCUAUUAACUUUAUUACCUAACCAUGCACAUGCUGAUUCUAUUUGUUUCUAUCAAUUUGCAGUAUGAAAAAUUGACACUUGGUGAUGAUGGGUCAGUUGUCAGAAGUGAAUUUGUUGUAGAAGGGCACAAGCAACCUUUAACUGUAGUAUGGGAACAUUUUCUGAAGUCCCAUGCAUGUUAUAUGAGAAACGUUUCUGAUAAAGAAUUCUCUAAUAUGUCAAAGCAAGAACUGACAAAAAGGUUAUCUCAGGUAAAUGCUGUUUUCUGCGAAUCGGAUGAUGCAGAAGUCUUGAGAGCAAAGCUGAAGGAAAUUUCACACUCGAAAUCUGAAAAUAUGGCAUGAUCUUUCUACAUUUGCAAACCACAGUCAUUUAAUUUUCAUGGUUUCAUUGAUGUACGACUGAGCUGUUUUUUAUACUAAUGAGGAAUACGAAUUAAUAAAACGACGAAAAGUCGACAUUCAAACUAAUGUAGAAUCUCCCGAAGUGUACAUAGUUGCCAGAUCCAGCAGUUCAGAUGUUGAGCAGUUGUCAUACGUUGACUCCAGGUUGGAAUGCUUAAGACGAAAUCAGUUUGCCACUCACAAGUGAAGGAGAUGAAAUUGUAGAUGUGAUGAGGUUUUUCCACAGUGAUAACCCAGCCCAGCAAUACAAGUGUGGCCAGCAAAAGGGAGGAAAUUUCUAUUGUUCAGUGUGUGGAGUAUACACUAACCGAGUCUAUGAACUUGAUUACAGCUUUAGGUGCUCGCACAUUUCCUUGAAUGAUCGACAAAAGCUGAUUCUCGAAGGUGCCAUUGCUCAUCAGAAAACCUUGGAAGGAAACAAAAACUCUGCUCAAAAAUCGCGAAUUAAAAACUGGGUGACAAUUUUUACGCGCAGGUCGCGGAAACUGAUUAACAAAAUGAAAGAACUUCCAAAAUGACCUUAUGUGAGCAGUUGCUCACACCAUAUCAUGCCAUUGAGCGUGUUUUAUAGCGUUUUAUGUCAAUUGCUGACGUCAUUAGAAUUUUCCGUUUUAGAAAAACAAUGCGCUAUAUCCCUUUAUUUUGUCUGGUGACCUAUGUUCAAAUUUUGCAUGCAGUAUUGCACCGCUAAAAACUUUCAUCAUACAAAAAAUUUAAAAAUUCUGUAAUGCCCAAAAACAUUUUACAGAAGAAUAUGACAUUUUCGCAUUUUUCAAAAAAAAUGGCAUUACAGAAUUUUUUAUAUUUUGCCAGUUGUUAACUUUUCGUCCAAGUAAAAUAACGCACAAAAAAAAAUUGGGGGUCACCAUGCUUUUUUUUCAACUAUACGAGAUGAUAGGCCAUUUUGGAGUGAAUUUCGUACACAUAUGUCGUCAUAGCAACGAACUAUCUAUUACUAUAACUAAUAUAAUUUGAAAGUAGAGUUAUCAAAAUAUAUAAAAAAAAACCAAUAUCUGCUGAAUAAAUCCUAAAAAUGCAUAGUUUAAACAUGUCAAACUGUUAAACACCUGAAUUUUUGAAAACUGUAUUGAGCCACCUUAAUUGAAGAAAGCUGAAUUACAGAAAGAGUUGAACAGUAGAAAGGUAUACAAAGGUGAAACAGUUGAUGAUAUGAAGAAGUUGCUGACUGAUAAGCUUCAUGGAGUGCAGAGAGUGCCUGCCCUUCUCUACCCAAAUCCACUUGCUACCUUAGCUUUGAUAAACAGUGACAAGUAUGAGAUAUUGCCAUUUGAGCCAUUGCAUGAUGUUGGAAAACACAUUAAAAACAUUCUAAUUGAGCUGCCCAUGCAUGUCUCCCAAGAAGAAGCCACAAUUAUUAAUGAAACAAUUGAAUUUAGUCUUGGUAAUGAAGAAACCAAGUGA